AUGUUCCGUCCCGCUGUUCGAGCGCUUGCCCGCGCGCCUACUGUCGCGGCCCGUAGCCCAGCGAACUCCCGAUUGAUAAGCACUGGUCCGGCACCGAAAUCCAGAAGCUGGAAGAAUACUGCUCUUCGCUUGGGAUUGGCCGGUGGUGCCAUCUACUACUACAACACCAGCAGUGCCUUUUCUGAGGAGCCUUCCUUCUCUAUCCUCGCUCAUCUGCAAAAAGAAGAUGCCCCAGCAUCCUCCGAAACUCUCAACUCCAUUACCCCCAAGAUCCGGGAAGAGCGGGCAGCCGCCCAGUCUCUGGAAGGUGGUGUAAACCCUCAAGAACUUGAGGAGGAGGCCGGACAGCAGGCCGCGUUCAACCCGGAGACCGGUGAGAUCAACUGGGACUGCCCGUGCCUGGGUGGUAUGGCCCACGGCCCAUGUGGGGAAGAUUUCAAGGCUGCAUUCAGCUGUUUCGUUUACUCCGAGGAGGAGCCCAAGGGCAUGGACUGCAUUGACAAGUUCAAGGCCAUGCAAGAUUGCUUCCGUCAACACCCCGAUGUUUACGGCGCCGAGUUGGAAGAUGAUGAGGUCGAGGGCGGCGCAUCCGCAGAGGCGCCUUCCACUGGUGAGCAGGAGGCCCCCUCCACUCCAGAGGAGAAUGCGCAACCCCAGGAAGUCACCAGUGAGGUGAAGGCAAUUUCGGAUGUCGAGGCCGACUCGUUGGUUCCCAAGGCCUCACAUGACGCUGAGAAGACUCAGGUUCAUUCGGAGAAAUAA